UUUCCAGUGGCUCAAAAUUGUGAGGAAAUUGUAAAAAUAUGUUUCCCAAUGUUAAAAUAUUUAUAUUAGAAUUUUGAAAUAUAAAUGUAGAUCUUGGAAUCGAGUUUGGUGGUGGAAAUGUCGGACUGGCUGUUUGCUCUGCUAUGUCAUUCACAAUUUGGCUAAAUUAUGGAAUGAUGGUUUCCGCAGAUGUGGAAAACAGCAUGGUUGCGACGGAGAGAGUCGUAAAUUUUGCUAAAAAUACACCAACCGAAGAGGAAGACAAAGGUCCAUCCGAUUCGCCAACCUGGAUAGGAAGCUGGUGUCCUAUUUCCUUCCGAAACUUUAGCCUCCGUUACACACAAGAAAGCUCUGAUGUCUUGCAGUUCAUUAACUUCGAGGUUACCUCCGGUCUAAAGGUUGGAGUCGUGGGAAGAACCGCAGCCGGAAAAAGUUCUAUUUUUGCUGCAUUGUUUCGACUAACUGAUCCAAACACGACAACCCCGGGUGGCAUAUUGGUUGACGGAAAAGAUAUUUUAGAACAACCGUUGCACACAGUAAGACGCAGCAUUACAAUGGUACCACAACACCCAGUAAUUUUUCAAGGAACGCUUCGAUUCAAUCUGGACCCGAAUAAUGAAUACGAUGAUAUACAGAUGAACACUUUUUUAAGAGACAUUGGACUGAAGCAAAGCUUGGAUUUUAAAAUAGACGGGGGAGGAUCAAAUCUUGCCGCUGGGGAACGUCAACAAUUAUCCUUAGUGAGGGCACUUCUUCGUUUAUUGAAGACCCCAAUAUUUGCUUUAGACGAAGCAACAGCAAAUAUUGAUAGCAGCACUGAGGAAAAUAUCCAGAAGAUAUUGAAAGAGCGUUUGCAGAGACGUACCGUCCUUACAAUUGCGCAUCGCUUGGAAACUGUUGUGGAUUCUGACAAGAUUCUUGUUCUACGGGAGGGGAAAGUUGUGGAGUAUGACACACCACAGAACUUGAUCAAAAAUCCAAAUAGCGAAUUCUUAGCUAUGAUUGAAAAGAACAAGACUCAAAAACGGGACGAAUUAUUGGAUAGGAUUAGAGCAUCAGAGAAUUAAAUUUAAAGUUGACAUAUUUUGUAAUAGUUUUGGUAGAUGUAAAUUUAAGAGCCUAACUUUCAGUCAUAGAUUGUUUAGUUUUUUAACACAGUUCUUGCCUUAUUACUUAUAAAUUAACGAUUGUUUUAAUUAGAUUUUAAAGUUAUAAACUUUACCUGCAAAAAAAAUAAUUUUAGCAAUAUUGUCACCCUUGUA